AUGGACAGCCGAUCGAUCUACUCAACUCACGUCUUCGAGCCGAGUGAUGGCCGAAGUGAGGACAACCGUACGCAGAUUCAGACUCAGCUGGAGAACUUCAUUCUGCAAUUCAGACAUGACAACGACUACACCUACAGAAACCAACUGAAGGAAAACGCCCUUCUGAAGAAGUACUACUGCGAUGUCGACAUUAACGACCUGAUCAACUACAGCGAGGAGUUGGCGCAUAGGCUUGUGACGGAACCGGCUGAGAUUAUCCCACUGUUCGAAGCCGCUCUCAAGAAAUGCACGCACCGAAUCGUCUUCCCCCAACAAGCCAAGGUCGACCUUCCCGAACACCAGCUGCUCCUCCACUCCAACGCCGAAGAUGUCUCGAUUCGCAACCUGGACUCGAUGACGAUAUCGCGACUCGUUAGGGUGCCAGGCAUCGUGAUUGGUGCUUCUGUCAUGUCAUCAAAGGCGACAGAAAUCGCGAUCCAAUGCCGCAACUGCGCCCAUGCGUCAACAAUCCCUGUGCUGGGCGGCUUCACGGGUGUCACACUCCCCAGGCAGUGCGGCAGGUCGAGAAUUCCCAACGACCCUACCCCCAAAUGUCCUCUCGACCCGUACUUUGUGCUUCACGAGAAGUCGCGAUUUGUCGACCAACAGAUUAUCAAACUCCAGGAGGCCCCUGACCAGGUUCCUGUUGGUGAACUUCCUAGACACGUUCUCAUCUCCGCAGACCGCUACUUGACCAACCGUGUGGUCCCCGGCUCAAGGUGUACAGUGAUGGGAAUCUUCUCCAUCUAUCAAAACAAAGCCACCAAGAACUCGGCUACCGGCGGUGCUGUCGCCAUUCGCACUCCUUAUCUGAGAGCCGUAGGCAUCCAGACAGAUAUCGACCAGACGGCAAGAGGCCAGGCCCUCUUCUCUGAUGAGGAAGAGCAAGAAUUCUUGGAGAUGAGCAGAAGGCCCGAUCUUUACAACAUCAUGGCCGACUGCAUAGCGCCAUCUAUUUACGGAAACCGCGACAUCAAGAAGGCCAUUCUUUGUCUGUUGCUUGGUGGGUCCAAGAAGAUCUUGCCAGACGGCAUGAAGCUUCGUGGAGACAUCAACGUCCUACUUCUUGGUGAUCCUGGUACGGCAAAGUCGCAACUGCUUAAGUUUGUGGAGAAGUGCGCACCGAUUUCCAUCUACACUUCCGGCAAGGGUUCUUCAGCUGCCGGUCUGACAGCAUCCGUCCAGCGCGACGCAUCCACCCGCGAAUUCUAUCUCGAGGGAGGUGCUAUGGUUCUUGCUGAUGGUGGUGUGGUUUGUAUCGAUGAGUUUGACAAGAUGCGUGACGAGGAUCGAGUGGCUAUUCACGAAGCCAUGGAACAACAAACAAUCUCUAUUGCGAAGGCCGGUAUCACUACUAUUCUCAACGCCAGAACAUCAGUGUUGGCGGCAGCCAACCCCAUUUUCGGUCGUUACGACGACAUGAAGACUCCUGGUGAGAACAUUGACUUUCAGACCACGAUUUUGUCUCGUUUCGACAUGAUUUUCAUCGUCAAGGAUGAGCACACACGCGAGAAGGACGAGAGGAUAGCGAAGCACGUUAUGGGCAUCCAUAUGGGUGGCCGUGGUGCGGAAGAGCAAGUUGAGUCGGAGAUCCCAGUGGACAAGAUGAAGAGAUAUAUCAGCUACUGCAAAUCGAGAAUGGCUCCUCGCCUCAGCCCAGAGGCCGCUGAGAAGCUGUCGUCCCAUUUCGUCUCCAUCAGAAGGCAGGUCCACGCCGCGGAGAUGGAGGCAAACACGAGAUCUUCUAUCCCGAUUACUGUUCGUCAACUUGAGGCCAUUGUCCGUAUUACCGAGUCUUUGGCCAAAUUGACGCUAUCUCCUAUUGCUACCGAGGAGCAUGUGGACGAGGCGAUCAGACUUUUCCUCUGCUCCACCAUGGACGCUGUCAACCAGGGCAGCAACCAAGGAAGCAAGGAGCUCAACGAUGAGGUCAACAGACUGGAGGCUGAGCUCAAGCGACGCCUGGCAGUUGGCUGGAGCACCAACUUGUCUACCUUGAAGCGCGAGAUGGUUGAGCAAAAGGGCUACACUGAGCAAGCACUCAACAGGACACUGAUGAUUAUGCAAAGGAGGGAUACGAUUGCCUUCCGCCAAGGAGGCGCUCAAGUCUACAGAAAUUCGUUGUAA